GAACUGCUUCCGCACGCGGAAGAACCCCGCCAUUAAAGCAACCUCACAACGUGAGUGUUUCGUCGGAGUGCACUAUUACAAAGGUGCAAUUUUUUUCACUUAUACCUACCGCUGGUAUAUCCUUGGAAGAAUGGCGUACAGAGGACAAGGACAGAAGGUCCAGAAGGUGAUGGUGCAGCCCAUUAACCUCAUUUUCAGGUAUCUGCAAAAUCGCUCAAGGAUCCAGGUGUGGUUGUAUGAACAGGUCAACAUGCGGAUAGAGGGCUGCAUUAUUGGUUUCGAUGAGUACAUGAACCUGGUUCUUGAUGAUGCUGAGGAGGUCCACAUGAAGACCAAGAACAGAAAGCCGCUGGGGAGGAUCAUGUUGAAAGGAGACAACAUCACCUUGCUACAGAGUGUGUCCAACUAGGACACUGAAGACCUUUUUGCUUUCAGUACCUUUCCCAGAAAGAAAUGUUUCCCUUCUUGUUUUUGUUUUUUGCAAAUGAUUUUGAGUGUUUGUGUUUAUACAACAUGAAUAUUGUCAUUGAUUCCUUCUAACAAGUGGUUUUGAGAAUAAAUUUGUUUUCCUAAA